ACAUUUCACAUAAAUAUGUUAAACUUUUGCUUCUUCAAGGAUAAAUGGUCGGAAAUGUUCUGCUCCACAGUCUCAAGCGCCAAAAUCUUCCGGGGUUUCUAGAGCAAGGGUGGUUCUCUUCUUCUGGUGCACACGAGGCGGUUAGAGAGCGUGUGAAGAGCGGUGCGGCCUUGUGGCUAGCUGUGUUGAAGAGAAAUUGUGAAAUGAUGGCCAGUCUCAUGGCUACAAACAUCACUGACCUUGGAGUGAUACCUUCUGGUGAGAACUUUCUCUCUGAACAUAAGCAGUUUUUACGGACAAGCAUCAGCAAAGAAUCACGACCGGGAAAGUGUGUGGUGGUCUUGUUCCUUGUGCCGUCUGGAGAUCUUGUUCAUUUCAAGAAGUUGCUCAUGUGGCAAAUGGAUCACAUCUCCUGGAAACCAAUUUUCACCUUCUACGUUUCCAUGGCUGAUCGUACGGGUAACGAGAAUCCUGCAACGAUGAACUCCAAAGAGCCUCCAGCGAAGAAACAGAGGAAGAUGAAGAACAUUUUGGAGGAGAAUCCCGUCAACGAGCAUGUGUUACCAACGGACGAGGAAGAAUCAUCCAAUGAACCAUCUGAUUCUGAUGGAUCUGUUGAAGAAGAAGAAUAUCUUCAUGACCUUGAGGACGAUGAUGAUGAUGAUGUGAAACGUGUGGAUUAUGAAGAAGUAGCAGUAGAAGAAGCUAAUCAUGUUGACCUUGAGGACGAUGAUGAUGAUGUGAAACGUGUGGAUUAUGAAGAAGUAGCAGUAGAAGAAGCUAAUCAUGUUGACCUUGAGGACGAUGAUGAUGAUGUGAAACGUGUGGAUUAUGAAGAAGUAGCAGUAGAAGAAGCUAAUCAUGUUGACCUUGAGGACGAUGAUGAUGAUGUGAAACGUGUGGAUUAUGAAGAAGUAGCAGUAGAAGAAGCUAAUCAUGUUGACCUUGAGGACGAUGAUGAUGAUUUCAAUUUGGACAAAUACUCUCCUGGACGUGAUGAAGAAGUAGCAGAAGAAGAUAUCUUUCUACUAAGGAUACAAGAAACUGUUAAAGUGCUGGACAAAUUCAGUCAAUUGAGGCAACAAGGCUUGGCAAGGUCUGUCUAUGUUGACCAGCUUAAACAUGAUCUUGCUAUUCGUUACGGCUACAGUAGGUUUCUUAUUACAACUUUGGCGGAGAUGUUUAGUCCUGCAGAACUCUUUAAACUAAUAAAGGAGUUUGAAAAGCCGAGGCCUACACAUAUACGAACGAAUAGUCUAAAGACUCGGAGAAGGUAUCUUGCUCAACAACUUUUGGACCAAGGAUUUCAGGUAUUCCUGCCAGCGGAUUGGUCAAAUGAUGGACUUGUCAUUGAAGAUGGACUUGCAGGUUCCAUUGAUUUCACUCCUCAAUAUAUGGCUGGCUGCUAUAUGAUUCAAAACCUUGGUUCCUUGUUCGCUGUAAUUGCAUUGGAUCCACAAAAGAAUGAAACGAUUGUAGACAUGUGUGCUAAACAUGGCAAAGAUACAAGUUACAUUGCUUCUUUGAUGGACAAUACUGGAAUAAUCUUUGCUAAUGAGUCUGAGGAUGAGAAUGGCAUGCUUAGGUCACUUACUGAAAAUCUCCAUCGCAUGGGAGUGACAAAUACCGUAGUUUCCAAAUACGGUGCAAUAGAGCUACCUAAGGUUUUGCAUGAGAACUCAAAGGAUAGAGUAUUGCUGAAUGCUCCUUGCAGUAAAACUGGACUUAUAUCAAAAGAUGGAUUGAUCAAAACGUCCAUUAACAAAGAAGCUGACAUAGAGAGAAGGGUUGUUUUGCAGAAGGAACUUUUACUUGCUGCCAUUGAUCUUGUCAAAGUUGGUGGAUAUGUUGUCUACACGACAUCCUCGAUCUUAAUACCCGAGAAUGAAGCUGUUAUUUACUAUGCCUUGAAAAAGAGGGGUGUGGAAAUCGUGGACUGUGGACUUAAUCUUGGAGCCCCAGGGUUUUCCAGUUUUAGACAUCUACGCUUUCAACUGGAUUUACAAAAGACUAGAAGAUUCUAUCCACAUACACAUAACACGGACGGAUGCUUUGUGGCAAAGCUGAAGAAAAAGAGUAAAGCGAAGAAGUGAUGAGGCAAAGAAAGAAAAGAAAAUGGCAAGUUAAAGAAGAAACAAACUAUGCUCGUGAUUCAUGAUGUUGGAGAACAAACUUUAUUAGAUAAAUUUUUUUGUGUUUU